UGAUAAAUCACGAGAAGCAUAAAAAAGCGAAAGAAGUUUCAGAACCAAGAUGUUGCUCUUCAAAGUCUCUCUACUUCUCUUGUUGGUGGCUUCGACCGUACGUUGCGCUUCAGCCGCUGUGAGUUCUUCUUGGCAAGUGGCCAACUUUACCGGCUCUGUGGAACGCGUCUCAACCCAAGAUGGAUAUGACGAGACUGAUUUCUACUACCCUGUUGUGGACCCUGAGGAACCCGUCAACUUCCCCUUCAUUGUCUUCUUGUCGGGAGGACUGGUUGACAAGAGCCUUUACAGUAACUUUGCUUUCGCAUUAGCUUCGUACGGAUACAUUGUGGUGAUUCCCAAUCAUCAGCAAACGAUAGUGCCGAACAUGCCUCCUAAUCUUUGGGCUUCUCAACUUACUCCGUCCGAUGUCUUGCUGGAUCUCACCGUCCGGUCCCAAACUUCCUCUUCUCCUCUCUUUUAGAUCGUGGAU